CGAGUCGCUGCGCUAGCUCGCGGUACAGAGCUAAUUUGGUCGCUAGCUGGCUAGCGGAGUUAAUUUUCGGCACAACUGCUGAAAUUACACAAUUUGUAACAUAAAAAAGCGCUCUAUUGUUUUUAUGUGCACAUUUACCCGCAAUUUAUUUGUAAACAAAGUGUUUGGUGCUUAUGCAAUACGGUACUGGAACUCCCGAGGCAAGAUGGAGGACGCAAGGACGUGAUGUUUUUUUUAGGUCACAUGCAACCUCCCCCGUCUCAUUUUUUGAGAAUAAUCUUAAGUCAGUUGUAAAGUUGACGUUAACCAGAAGAUGUUACAGAAAUGAUAGCAGCACCAGAGAUACCACCAGAGUUCGCCUACCCUCAGGACACAGAUACCAGAUUCUCCUCAGACACAGACUUCUCUGAGGAUCCUGAUGGAAGAAGUGGAACUACAGCUAAAGGAAAGGGUGGGAAGAAAGGGAAGAAGGCGGCAGGGGAGAAAGGCAAAGGUGGAAAGGGAGCGGGCCGCAUAAAUGGCCACCAUCAGGAGAAUGGCAUGGAAAACAUGAUGCUGUUCGAGGUGGUGAAAGUGGGCAGGAGUGCAAUGCAGUCUGUUGUGGAUGAGUGGAUUGAGUCCUACAAACAUGACAGAGAUGUUGCACUGCUAGAUCUCAUCAAUUUCUUCAUCCAGUGCUCAGGAUGUAAAGGCGUGGUGUCUGGAGAAAUGUUUCGCAAUAUGCAGAACUCUGAGAUCAUUCGACGAAUGACAGAGGAAUUUGAUGAGGACAGCGGCGACUAUCCUCUCACCAUAGCCGGGCCCCAGUGGAAGAAGUUCAAAACAAGCUUUUGUGAAUUCAUUUCCGUGCUAGUGCGUCAGUGUCAAUACAGUAUCAUCUAUGAUGAGUACAUGAUGGACACGGUCAUCUCCCUCCUCACUGGACUAUCAGAUUCCCAAGUCCGAGCCUUCAGACACACCUCAACGCUGGCAGCCAUGAAGCUGAUGACAGCCCUGGUGAAUGUAGCUCUAAACCUGAGCAUUAACAUGGACAACACCCAGCGCCAGUAUGAAGCAGAGAGGAAUAAAAUGGUUGCUAAAAGAGCAAACGACAGGCUGGAGCUUCUCCUUCAAAAGCGUAAAGAGCUCCAAGAAAAUCAGGACGAAAUCGAGAACAUGAUGAAUGCAAUUUUCAAAGGCGUGUUCGUUCAUCGAUAUCGAGACUCGAUAGCAGAAAUCAGGGCCAUCUGCAUAGAGGAGAUCGGUGUGUGGAUGAAACUGUACAGCGAUGCCUUCCUCAACGACAGCUAUCUGAAGUACGUGGGAUGGACGAUGCAUGAUAAGCAAGGGGAGGUACGUCUGAAGUGUCUGACAGCUCUGCAGGGCCUCUACCACAACAGAGAGCUCAAUGCAAGACUGGAGCUCUUCACCAGCCGCUUUAAGGAUCGGAUCGUCUCCAUGACCCUUGAUAAGGAAUAUGAUGUUGCAGUACAAGCGAUUAAACUGCUCACACUAGUCUUAAAUAGUACAGAUGAGGUCUUGACGCCCGAGGACUGCGAGAGCGUCUACCACCUGGUCUACUCGGCGCACAGGCCGGUUGCAGUCGCAGCUGGAGAAUUCCUCUACAAGAAAUUGUUCAGUCAGCGAGAACCAGAGGAGGAGGGCGCCCCGAAAAGAAGAGGCCGGCAAAGCCCCAACGCUAACCUCAUUAAGACCACUGUCUUUUUCUUCCUGGAGAGCGAGCUCCAUGAGCACGCGGCUUACCUGGUGGACUCCCUCUGGGAAUGUGGUGCAGAGCUACUGAAAGACUGGGAGUGUAUGAUCAGCUUACUGCUGGACGACCCCAUGCCAGGAGAGGAAGCUCUUACAGAUAGACAAGAAACAGCUUUGAUUGAAAUCAUGCUGUGCACUGUGCGUCAGGCUGCUGAAUGCCAUCCACCUGUUGGAAGAGGAACAGGCAAGAGGGUAAUGACGGCGAAAGAGAAGAAAACCCAGCUGGACGAUCGGACACGAAUAACGGAGCUGUUCGCCGUGGCUUUGCCGCCUCUACUGGCCAAGUACGCUGUUGACGCAGAGAAGGUGACUAACUUGUUACAGCUGCCUCAGUACUUUGACCUGGAGAUUUACACCACAGGACGUCUGGAGAAGCACCUGGAGGCCCUGCUGCGUCAGAUCAAGGAAAUAGUGGAGAAGCACACAGACACUGAAGUUUUGGAGUCGUGCUCCAAGACGUACCACGCCCUCUGCAACGAGGAGUUCACAAUCUUCAACAGGGUAGACAUCGCUCGCUCGCAGCUCCUGGACGAGCUGGUGGACAAGUUCAGCCGGCUACUGGAGGACUUUCUACAAGAGGGUGAAGAUGCGGAUGAAGAUGAUGCUUAUCAGGUUUUGUCAACUCUAAAGAGGAUCACCGCGUUUCACAAUGCACACGACCUGUCAGGGUGGGACCUCUUCACAAGCAACUUCAAGCUGCUCAACACGGGUAUAGAGAAUGGAGACAUGCCUGAGCAGAUAGUCAUCCAUUCGCUGCAGUGUACCCACUACGUCAUUCUGUGGCAGCUGGCUAAGUUGUCCGAGGGCAGUUCAAGAAAGGACGACAUGGUCAACCUGAGGAAGCAGAUGAGGGCUUUCUGCAUGAUGUGCCAGCGCUACCUCACCAACGUCAACACGGCCGUCAAAGAGCAGGCGUUCACCAUCCUGUGUGACCUUCUGCUCAUCUUCAGCCAUCAGAUGGUCUCGGGAGGCCGGGAACACCUGGAGCCUUUGGUUUAUUCGCCAGAGGACUCCUUACAGUCGGAGCUGCUGUCUUUCAUCCUGAACCACGUCUUCAUCGACCAGGACGACGACACCAACAGCACAGAUGGCCAGCAGGACGACGAGGCGGUAAAGAUCGAAGCUCUGCACAAGAGGAGGAACCUCCUGGCUGCCUAUUGUAAGCUCAUCAUCUACUGCGUGGUAGAAAUGAGGACUGGAGCGGACAUCUUCAAGCAGUACAUGAGAUAUUACAACGAUUAUGGUGACAUCAUCAAGGAGACCAUGAGUAAGACUCGACAAAUCGACAAGAUCCAGUGUGCCAAGACGUUGAUUCUGAGUCUGCAGCAGCUGUUUAACGAAAUGCUGUCUGAACUGGGUCACGGGUUCGACCGCUCCUCCUCCGCGUUCUGCGGAAUCAAAGAGUUGGCGCGUCGGUUCUCCCUGACCUUCGGCCUCGACCAAGUGAAAACCCGAGACGCCAUCGCCAUGCUCCACAAGGACGGUAUAGAGUUUGCGUUCAAGGAGCCCAGUCCUCAGGGAGAGGGAGGCCCUCCCCUCAACUUGGCCUUCUUGGACAUCCUCAGCGAGUUCUCCUCCAAGCUGAUGAGACAAGACAAGAGGACUGUCCCCAUUUACCUGGAGGCCUUCAUGACGUUCCAGAUGGCUCUGCAACGAGAGGACUGCUGGCUUCCGCUGAUCUCCUACAGGAACUCGCUGCAGGCGGGCGGCGACGACGACACCAUGUCGGUGAUGAGCGGCUACUCCAGCCGGGGUUCCUCGGUCCGCUCCAAGAAGGUGAAGCCUCCGGCGGCGACGGCCGGAACGUCGGCGGCAAAGAGGAAGCUGCCGGAAGAGGAGAGCAGCAGCGGCGACGUCUGGCAGCAGAGCAUUCAGACCCCCGUCAUGUUGCCUUCCCCUCAUCUCACCUCCACUGCCAUGCGGGACCCCAAGAGGGGGCGGGACGACAGCUACAUGGGGGUCUACGCGCUCCCCCACGAGCAGCAGCCGCCGCCCCACCCUCUCCCACACCAACAGCACCAUCCGCAGACGCCUCAGCACCACCAGACUCCCAUGGAUUACAAUUCCCAGGUGACGUGGAUGCUGGCCCAGAGGCAGCAGGAAGAGGCGCGCCAGCAGCAAGAGAGAGCCAUGAACUACGCAAAGCUCAGGACCAAUCUGCAGCACGCCAUCAGUCGGCGCGGCACCGGGCUCAUGGAGGAGGACGAAGAGCCCAUCGUAGAGGACGUGAUGAUGUCAUCGGAGGGGCGGAUGGACGACCUCAACGAAGGCAUGGACUUUGACACCAUGGACAUCGAUCUGCCGCCGUCUAAGAACCGCCGUGAGAGGUCUGAGCUCAAGCCGGACUACUUUGACCCCGCUUCCAUCAUGGAUGAAUCGGUCCUCGGGGUGUCCAUGUUUUAAGCUAAACUCCAGAGGAUUCUGACGCUGGGAUUGCAGAAGAGACGCUUUGUAUUUAAAGAGAAUUAUUAGAUGCGAAAACAGAAGUGUUUUCUGUAAGAAAAAAAUAAAAUAAAAAUAACGGAAAAAAAAAGAAACAAAACAAAACACACACAGGAAAAAAAAAAAAAAACUACAAACACAUUCUGGCUUGUACUCCACGUGGACCAAUGACAACCCACACUCAGUGUUGCUUGCUCAGAGAGGACUUUGUUUCAGAAACUUUUACUUUUAUAAUCUUGGGUGAGCUCUUCCUGUUCGAAGCUAGUGUUAAGCAGGCCACUUCCAAAACUUAUUAGAAAGCAAGACGCGUCUGAA